AUCGCGAACACGCGACAGAGCAGAGGUCGGCAUCGCGAUUCAUCACGUUUCAUCAUCUUCCCACGAUUGGGCGACGUCUUCCAGCUUACCAGGAGUCGUCAGGCCUCCGCAAAGCCCAUCAUGUCUGCUUCACCUAAGCUGCGCCGGGACUAUGUCUACAUGAUCAUUUUUGGCAUCCAGCUGAUUGCGAUUCUACUUGUCGACCUCCCGCCGUUCUACCCGCCCACAAUGGGCAAUUCUGAAGGCUCGCCCUUGCGCAUCCUGUUCCGCCUGCGUCAGGACUACAUUGACGCGUACAACGAUCGGUACUUUGUCACGCCGCACGACGAGCUGCCCUCGUGGUUCCUGCUCUUCACCUAUCUCGAGAUUGCCUACCAGCUGCCCAUGGUCUUCUGGAUGCUCCGCGUCUUCGAGGACCACACCAAGGGCACCACGCCUGGCUUCGAGCUGGCCUGCGUCAUCUACGGCGUCGAGGUCGCCCUGACGACACUGACAUGCGUCUUUGACGUGCCCUACUGGGAUCGUGCCGUGUACACCACGUCCGAGAAGGCCAACUUUAUGUUCUUGAUCUACGGCCCUUGGGUCCUCAUCCCGAGCAUUCUUGCCUACGACAUGGGCCACCGGCUUUUGGCUCGGGCCAAGGCGGCGGAUCAGACAAAGGCCAUCAAGACGAAGAAGAACGAUUGAGCAUUUGCCAUCUUGCCUCUUCUUCUGGAGGUGGCACAAUUCUUUGUUCUAGUCAUACACUUCAUGCAGGCGGGAGGGAAAGUGAUCCGACCCAUGUAACAAGAGAUAGAAAAAAGAAAACCCAUGAAGCUCCCA